AUGAACGAGCUACUGCAAAAACAUGGAUGUUCCAAUGUGUUCACCGUUCCUGAGGGACUUAAGGAGCUCAUGUCAGAUAUCACACGUGAGGUGCUACGUUGGCAGCCAGCCAAACUGCUGGACUUCAUAGCGAACUACCUGUCAGCAUUGCUGAUCACCCGCGAGCACGGCAUCAUGGCUGUCAAGAUCCUCGACGAUCUUUGUGACUGCCGACCGACCGUCUCUGAACAUCUUCUACAACUUGGUAUGGAGAAGGAAGAAGCUGAUGAACUAGCUAACAUUAUAAAGAACGAGAUCGAAGGUCACCAGCCUGUUGAAGGAAAAGAAAAAGUGAAAGAAACUGCAAUACUAAAGAAGGUAUUAGCCAGAUACCCUCUUGACGAAGAAAUGUCUGCUAAAGUCUGCCAAGUGGCCAGAAACGCAUACCGUGACUACUGGUACAGAAAGAAUAUGAUGAAGAAGGGCAUUAAGAUGCAGCCAGAAGAAGCAUGGCAAAAGGCAGCUACUAAUACUUUGGAGUUGUACAAGAAAACGAAACCUUCCAUAAGUGAACUUCAACGGGCUACUGUGAAAAUACAGGCUGCCUACCGAGGAUACCACGUCCGCAGAAACGUGUUAAAGCACCUGAUGCCGCAACAGAAGAAGAAGAAGCCAGGCCGUAAGGUGGAAAUGCCAGGUCCGCCGCUAGACAUCGCCACCUCCAGGGAAAUAGACCUGGGUCCUGUUAUAAAUAUCAGAAUCAAAGAAGAUGACGUCGGUGGUAUGUUUGAUGAGGAAAAUAAAAAGAAACUUGGCCUCAAUUACGACCCAACAAGGACUAUCACUCAAAUAGAUGACGAUGAGUUUCUUAAAGAAAAGACUGCUAAACACGUGGGUGGUUUUGGAGACACUCCAAAAGGACCCAAAUUCCAAGUCUUGGAAGCUACUCUGUCGAAGCCAAGCUUCACUGCAACGGAAGAAGUAUCCGUGAUGUCUGAUCGGGACAAGGAUGGGAAGCCUAUUCCUGAUAUAUAUCCAAUUACCCAUCCAAGAAUUUCAUUUGCCGAGGCUCCACCGUUGAUAAUAAAGACUCCAGAAGAAGACUAUUUGGAAGUCCCAGAGAUGCUGGACGAUCAAGGAGUAGAACCGCUGGUCAUUCCACCUGGAGCCUUCGAAAUACCUGAAGAGUUAAUUGGCUAG